GAGAGGAUGGAGGGAGGGAUAAAGAGAGGGAGAGAGAGUACAGUGCGCGCUCAGGCAGGACAGGAGGGCGAGCGGGACAUCAGCACACCGGCCGGGUCAAGAAGCUGCGAGGAUGGAAAUCCGACCAGACAGGUUUAAGGCGUCCGCGGCCAAAACUCUGGGGAAAAUUAACAGGUUGAUUGAGAAGCGGCAGCCCAAUGGAGAAACCAUCGAGUUGUCAGCAGAGGGCCGUCCUGAGCUGGUGGAGGAGAAGGAGCUGCCGGUCGUGGACUGUACCUGCUUUGGCUUACCGAGGCGGUAUAUCAUCGCCAUCCUGUCAGGCCUGGGGUUCUGCAUCUCUUUCGGAAUCAGGUGCAACCUGGGUGUUGCAAUUGUUAGCAUGGUGAAUGACCACACUGUCUACAAAGGCAACAAGGAAGUGCUUGUGGCUGCACAGUUCUCCUGGGACCCUGAGACAGUAGGGAUGAUCCAUGGCUCCUUCUUCUGGGGCUACAUCGUCACACAGAUCCCAGGUGGCUUUAUAUGUCAAAAAUUUGCUGCCAACAGAGUAUUUGGCUUUGCUAUAGUGGCAACAUCAGUCCUCAACAUGCUGAUUCCGUCUGCUGCUCGCUGCCAUUACAGCUGCGUCAUACUGGUCAGGAUAUGCCAGGGCCUUGUUGAGGGCGUAUCAUAUCCAGCCUGCCACGGGAUCUGGGCCAAGUGGGCGCCUCCUCUUGAGAGAAGUCGAUUAGCAACAACAGCCUUUUGUGGAUCCUAUGCAGGAGCGGUGGUGGCAAUGCCUUUAGCUGGGAUACUGGUUCAAUACACUGGGUGGCCUUCAGUAUUUUAUGUCUAUGGCUGCUUUGGGAUAUUCUGGUAUUUGUUCUGGGUCCUGGUGUCGUACGAGAGUCCUGCAGCCCAUCCCACCAUCACAACAGAGGAGAGGAAAUACAUUGAAGACGCAAUCGGAGAGUCUGCGUCAUUUCUUAAUCCUCUGCAUAAAUUCAAAACCCCAUGGAAACACUUCUUCACCUCCAUGCCAGUCUACGCUAUCAUUGUGGCCAACUUCUGCAGGAGCUGGACCUUCUACCUGCUGCUCAUCAGCCAGCCCGCCUACUUUGAAGAAGUCUUUGGCUUUGAGAUCAGCAAGGUGGGCAUGGUGUCAGCUUUGCCCCAUCUGGUGAUGACAAUCAUCGUGCCUAUAGGAGGCCAGUUGGCGGACUACCUGAGAACCCACAACCUGAUGUCCACUACCAACGUCAGGAAGCUCAUGAACUGUGGAGGUUUUGGGAUGGAGGCCACCCUCCUGCUGGUUGUGGGAUUUUCUCACACAAAAGUUGUUGCAAUUUCUUUCUUGGUCCUCGCUGUGGGUUUCAGUGGAUUUGCUAUCUCAGGGUUUAAUGUCAAUCACUUGGAUAUCGCCCCACGAUAUGCCAGCAUACUGAUGGGCAUCUCAAACGGGGUGGGAACAUUAUCCGGCAUGGUGUGUCCUCUCAUUGUGGGAGCCAUGACCAAACACAAGACACGUGACGAGUGGAAGUAUGUGUUCCUUAUAGCUUCCGUCGUACAUUAUGGAGGAGUGAUUUUCUAUGGACUUUUUGCAUCAGGGGAAAAGCAGCCAUGGGCAGACAUAGAGGACACCAGUGAGGAAAAGUGUGGUAUUAUCGAUGAGGAUGAACUGGCCAAUGAAACAGAGGAUCUCUACCGGGGUGGCGGGCAGUACGGGGCCAUGAGCCAACCAGUCGUCGGUUCCAACGGAGGAGGAGGAGGAGGAGGAGGAGGAGGAGGAGGAGGAGGAGGAGGGGGAGGUGGGGGAGGGGGAGCCGGGUCGGGAUGGGUGUCGGACUGGGAUAAGUCUGAGGAGUAUGUGCAGCCACCUGGAUACAACUCUUACAUGUACGGUGGAGAAGAGGAGAGGGAGCUCACAUAGAAGAUCCACAUGAUACAAGUUUAAAAAGAAAAGAGGAAGAUUGUUUUUGGAAAGGGAUUGUCAGAGAGUCACUGCUAUACUGAAAGGACUUGCUCAGUGCUUUUGUACAAUAAUUACAAUCGCGCAUAUCAAAAGUAUGCAUUUGAUUCACUCCUGUGUGUGUGUGUGUGUGUGUGUGUGUGUGUGUGUGUGUGUGUGUGUGUGUGUGUGUGUGUGUGUGUGUGUGUGUGUGUGUGUGUGUGUGUGUGUGUGUGUGUGUGUGUGUGUGUGUGUGUGUGUGUGUGAGUAGAUGCAUGCAGGCGUUAGAGUGGUUAAUGUACACAAACACAUACAGUAUUCAUUAGUGAAAACUGGACUCAUAUAUCUCAGACUUCCUUUCUGUUCCUGAGCUCAUUGUGAUUGGUCAGGAGCUCUGUUUCCACAACAUCACUGACGAGAUUCAGUAUGUGUGUUUGUUUGUUUGUUUGUAUGGCUUGGUUUUUUGAGUGCACAGCAACUCUCUCAAGCCGCUGGCAUUGUAGUGUAUUUAAAUGUGUAUGUGUAAGUCACACAUUGACCUUUUUUGGCUGGGAAAGCACCUUUGGGGCCCUUAGUUUUUCAACUUUUGAGCUAACAACAUUGUCCAAGUUACUAAAUACAAAAUUAGAUGUCUAUCCAGUACAAUACUCACACUUUCCAGUAGUCUAUAUAAAUCCCAAGGCUCUUAAUAGAUGACAUACUGAGGAUGAUUGAAAAAAAUCAAUCCACAAACUCAAAGCUAAUGUGUUUUAAGAGCGAGGCCCCUUGUGGACAAUCUUGUCCAGAUGCUGGUGAUGCAUUAUGUUAUUAUGUUCCAUAGCAUGCAUUUUUUAAGUGCAUGCAUGUGGUGACUACUUUCAAACUGUUCAAUCAAAGAGGGAAAAGGUGCUUAGGUUUUGUAUCAGUCUGUGUUUGUUUGUGUAAAGCUGUAAAGCUUCUGUUACAACAGCCUUUCCUUUAUGCGUGUGUGCAUUUGAAUGUGCAAAGGUGUGCGUUUGAGCUUGCACGUAGCGUCUAGCUGAAUCUCACCUGGGUCUGACCCAUUUAGGUCACGGCCAGCCAGGCUUAUGGGUCACAACACAUGAGUAAUCAUCUGACAUUAGUGACUUUCCAUUUUGGUGUGUGUGUGCGCGCUCCCAUUAGAGAGGUGGCCCAGAAUGACAAGUAGAGUGUGAUAGCUACUUAACUGUUACACUGCAUUACCAGCGGGGAACAACAUGUAUUAUUACCUGGCAUCACAGCUUGUGCUGCCUCUGUUUCUGCCUUUUUCUGCGUCUCUGUGGCUGCCUCUCCUCCCUGUAUUUAGCACUCUGUCUGCUCCUCUCAGUCGGUGUUUCCACAUCUUUAGUUCCUACAUUUCAGUCAUGUUUGAUUUGGUGGGUCAGGGCUUUUUAAAUUGUAAAUGUGUGUGUGUGUAUGUGUGUGUUAUUGUGUUGGAUGCAGGUGCUGAAACAUUGUGCGGUGAGCAUGUUUUAAUGAGCAUAGAAUUGCAGUGCCCCGCCAUCCCUCUUUUCCUUUUAAACACACACACACACAAUAUCACUCUCACACACACAACCACACACACAGAUUGCUUAUUUCAAUGCAUAGUGUGCAGAGAGAGUUGUCGCAGAAUAUUUGGUAUUAACAUGGCUGUAGGUCCUGGAGCAUCCAUGGAAACAGGGUGGGAUUACAAAGUAUUAAGUUAUCAGAGGGUGUGUUGAGGUUUGCUAUCACACCCAUCCAUAAAAUCAGCACCUUCUCCAUAUUGACGCACUGACUGCUGGGUAAUGGAGUGAAGUAUUUAUUCAGAGAGGACGCUAACAUGCUCAGGAGAAGAACUGUGAUACUGUACAAACUGCACAGCACAACAAACAUGAAAGUACAUGGGGAUGCACACACACACACACACACACACACACACACACACACACACACACACACACACACACACACACACACACACGAUCAUGCAAAACAAAGUCUGCCCUCUGGGUGUACUCACAGUGUUUUCUAUAUUAAUUUUAAAAGUACAAUUGCAGACAGCUCUUUUGAGAUCCAGAAUCUAAUUCUAUAUAACAUAGAGUUUGUGAAUUGAUCUCAAUUUGGUCGGAAAAUGUUUGAAUGUUAUAAAGAAUUGUUUUAUUCAAAUAAUGGUAAAAUAAGAGGGGUAGUCAAUAAACUAUUUUCAAAAGUAUAAAGUUGUGUUUUGAGUGAAAUGUCUAAAAGACAUGAAUGGCUAUUCCUGUGAAUAAUUUCAUUUGUAAGUGUUGUAUCAGUGUAUUUCUAAUCAAGUUUCUCUUUGUCUCAGUUUAUGGCUGUUCCAAUGUUGUCCUCCUCCUUGAUGAAAUGUGUGGUGGGAGUCAGUGUUAAAAAUAAAAAAGGAAUUGAUCAUGUGUAAACAUGCCAAAAUGUUGAGAAUAUUCUAUGUAUAAAAGAUGUAUAUGUCAGAUAACCUUGUGUAUAAUAAAAUGUAAGCAAUUUAAUUUAA